AUGGCUCCAGGAUCAUCAGGAGUUGUGGGCAAGUUGGCCGCCAUGGGGUUUGCAGAAGAUGCCUUUGCUGGUGCGAUUACCAGCGGUGAGGUGGCGCACAAUGCGCUGCUUCACAGGCAGGGCGACUUCUGGGAGAGACUUGGCAACAAAUGCAUACACUUGACCUGGGGCGAACGGGGUAGCAUCUCCUUGGAAGGCCUGGGGCUGCAGGUCGUUCGCAAUGUGGAGGAGGCGGAUUUUGUGCUGGCCCAUGGGACAGAGUCUUUAGGGGGUGGUGAUGGCGUGGAACCCACUCCCAUAUCACUAGAAGAGAUCAAAGAAAUCUUGGCAGUGGCCGCAGCAAAAGAUCUUCCGCUGCUGAUUGCCAACCCGGACGUUGUGACAGUCGAUGCCAGCUAUCUGCGCUUCAUGCCUGGCACAUUUGGCAAAUGGUACAAGGAGAUGGGUGGCAAGGCGUGCAUCCUCUUAGGGAAACCCGCUGCUGCAAUUUACCAGGCAGCAAUGCAAUUGCUGGACAUUGAUGAUCCAAAACAGCUUGUUGCCAUUGGCGACUCUCUUGAGCAUGACAUUGCAGGGGCUCAAGCUGUUGGAUGUGACUCUGUAUUUGUGGCUGGGGGCAUCCAUGCUGAGGAGCUCGGCCUGUCAGGCGACAGUGGAAAGGUUGAUCCAGAGAAACUUGACGCCCUCUGUCGACAAUUUGGUGCUUGGCCGACAUUUGUGAUCCCAUUUUUGCGAAAUUGA